AUGCCUACGCCACGACGGGCUGCGUCGAAACGUUUUUUCAAUCAUAAAUACAGUGGAAACGUCAACCAUGCACACCUUCGUGAAACGAUCCAUUCGAUUGCCUCGACGUUGGAAAUCGAUCUGUCAGCUGUUCACCCAAUCCAAUCGAUGACAGCCUUUGCCACCAUGUUCCUUUUAUGGUCGUUCAAGACAAAGUAUAAACAAUUACGUGGAGAUAAUGAUGCCAUCUCAUGUGCCAGACACCUUCCAUCGGAUACUGAUGAGGAAGAGUUACCAGAGGAGUUGAAUCGCCUUUGUCAUAAAGAAGAAAACGGGGAAAUGAUCCGUUCUGACACUACCCAAUGUCUUUUAAUGAAGCCAAAGCGAAUGGAAUGGUUGUUAUCGGACUUAAGAAGUUUCGAAAACCCCAACAUCAGUCUAGAACAGUACGCAACUUCUCCCGAAUUAGCUAUUUCCAUUGUGGACAGUAUUGACCGUCUCGUUGGAUUUGACGGACGGAUUGUUGCCGAUCUCGGUUGUGGGUGCGGAAUGCUAAUGUCAGCUAUUGCGAUCGCACACCAACCAGCUGCCGUAGUUGGAGUUGAUAUAGAUGAACACGCUCUUUCAAUUUGUAGAGAAAAAAUCUCGAAGAACUCGAAAUAG